AUGUCCGGCGAACAGGAGAACGCGUCGAAGCCUGCUGAAGAGGCCGGGAGGCCAGGGAAUGAGGAAGAAAUAGCUCGGAGAGAGAUGCUGGCCAUAGUGGCGGAGAAGCAGAGGCGAAGGGAAAGAGAGCUGGAAGAGAGAGUGAGGUUGUGGGAGGCUCGGUUGGCGCAAGCUGCUGUAGUAGUGCCUGUCGCCGCCGCCGGGCAUGGUGGUGCUGCUGCUCCGGCGGCACAUGGAGGUGGAGGUGGUGCUGCUGCUGGACACUACUUGCCGAGAUCUGAAGCUUUCUCUGUUCUCUCUCACUCUCAUCUCUGUUUCCUCGCGACUCCAAACCCUAGACCACCUGAUUCUCUACCGAUUGACGAAGAUGAGCGCGGCGGCGGCUAUCGUCGAACGAUGUGGAUGCAAGUGAUAGAGCUGAUACCGUCUCUUUCGCGUCUCCACGAGGAAGAGCUCGCUCUACCUUCAAACAAUGCAGGUAUUCUGCACUCUGCAGACAUGGAAUGCAGCACUCUAUGAUACAUAUAUUUUGCCCUUCAUGCUCCUGAAGCGCUUAGUGAUGUAGAGAGGAUGAUGAACACCACCAAACCAUCUUCCUGCCUUGGAGAGAAUUUGGAUAUCCGAUGGAGUAAAAGUCAGGCAGAUUGCAGAUGGAUCCGAGCAUUCUGCUCUGGUUACAGUGAAAGCUUAUGGGGGAUCCGGAUCAUGCAGCUUCCCGUGGAUAAAGUUAUGUCUGAGAGUUCUUUACCUUCCGACAACAUAUAUAUUCAGUGUAGUGAUAAGCUGAUCGCUUAUUUGUUGGUUUUAGCCAUUGAUGGUACUAUGAAGAUCCUCCGAAUACACUGUGCUGGAGUCGUCUUUGCUGCUUCAAAGGGCACUGCUAUACUUGGUGGGUUUUAGGAGCUAAAGAGGGACUGAACUGGACUGGCCUGUGAACGAUAGUCGUAGACUUGUGAGAGAAUGUUGAACUUUAGACUGAUAGCACUAAUCUAAUGCAUUUUUAGAGUUAAAGUUUAGACAUAGAUUUAAUAUAGCUAUGAUUCACGUAAUCAUUUUUCUUGUGUACGAUUUUAAUAGAAUAACAUAUUAUGGAUACGUUCGUUUAUCACAUUUUUAUCCUAUUUCAACAAAUGCCAUGAAAAAAACUAGAG